GUUUUUUUUCCCAUUCCCCUUCCUCUCCGUUCCAACUCUCAACCCAUCUUUACAACCUCAACGACCAACUUUGACGACGACCUGCAAAAGACAUUUCUCUUUUGCAACUUUCACCUGAUACCCCCUUUCCAACUUCCUUUUUAAUACCCCCUCUAAUCCGUCAAGAUGGCUGGUGGUGACGCCAAGAAGGGUGCCAACCUCUUCAAGACCCGUUGCGCUCAGUGCCACACCGUCGAGAAGGACGGCGGCAACAAGAUCGGCCCUGCCCUGCACGGCCUCUGGGGCCGCAAGACCGGCUCCGUCGACGGCUACUCCUACACCGACGCCAACAAGAAGAAGGGCAUUGAGUGGAACGACCAGACCCUCUUCGAGUACCUCGAGAACCCCAAGAAGUACAUCCCCGGCACCAAGAUGGCCUUCGGUGGCCUCAAGAAGGAGAAGGACCGCAACGACCUCAUUGCCUACCUCAAGGACUCCACCAAAUAGACGGAUUGACGUGUAACGAUAGGAUUGCAUUAGACGGACUGGCGAUUUGCGAAUUGUACCAAUAGACACCACUUUAGAACAGUGUGUUUGGGGGCUCAUUAAUGCCCUGCUACCCUCAUGAAAAUUCUCCCCUUUUGAGACGUUGUAAUACAACACCUUUUUUUUCUCUGCUAAUUGCACAC